AUGUCCUCUGUGCUCUUAAAACAAGCGCCUUCGCCCGCUUCUCCACUUUGUGGCAAACCAACGUCUCGGCUUCGCCACCAACUUGAAGGGCGUCAUGGCCACCUGCACGUGCUGCACCAGCAGCUUCGCUGGGCUCCAGCUCCGCGAACAUCUCCGUCGAAGCACUGCCCAGUCGUGGUUGGCUCGGGGGUAACGGGCUCAGCAGUCGUACGCGAAGGCGUCACGGGCUCAGCCGACUCCUGCUCCGGUAACUCCGCCGACUCUGUCUCCGCCAACUCCGCCGACUCCAGCUCCGCCGACGCCAGCGCUGCCUCCGGCUUCAAGGCCGAUGUCAACAACUGGCGUCACUCUAGUGACUGGCAAUCUUUCACAGAUUUCGGCCUGGUCGGCUGA